GGGAAGAUGCCCCUGGCCGCCUACUGCCUCCUGCGCGCCGUGGGCAAGGGCAGCUACGGGGAGGUGAGCCUGGCGCGGCACCGGMACGACGGCAAGCAGUACGUCAUCAAAAAGUUAAACCUCAAAAAUGCCUCCAGCCGAGAGAGGAAAGCAGCAGAGCAAGAGGCACAGUUGCUGUCCCAGUUGAAACAUCCAAACAUAGUCACCUAUAGAGAGUCCUGGCAGGGAGAAGACGGCCUCUUAUAUAUUGUUAUGGGCUUCUGUGAAGGAGGAGAUCUGUAUCAUAAACUUAAAGAGCAGAAGGGCAAACUUCUGCCCGAGAACCAGGUGGUGGAAUGGUUUGUUCAGAUCGCCAUGGCCUUGCAGUAUUUACAUGAAAAACACAUUCUGCACAGAGAUCUUAAAACUCAAAAUGUUUUUCUGACGCGAACUAACAUCAUCAAGGUGGGUGACCUUGGAAUAGCCAGGGUGUUGGAAAACCAGUAUGACAUGGCGAGCACUCUCAUCGGCACUCCAUACUACAUGAGCCCUGAACUCUUUUCCAACAAACCCUACAACUACAAGUCUGAUGUGUGGGCACUGGGCUGCUGUGUKUACGAAAUGGCUACGUUGAAACAUGCCUUUAAUGCUAAAGAYAUGAACUCUUUGGUUUAUCGAAUUAUUGAAGGAAAGCUGCCCCCCAUGCCAAAGGAUUACAGCCCGCAGUUGGUAGAGAUAAUACGAACUAUGCUCAGUAAAAAACCUGAGGAGAGACCCAGUGUGAAAAGCAUCCUAAGACAGCCAUAUAUCAAACAGCAAAUCUCGUUGUUUCUGGAAGCCACCAAGGCGAAAACAGYCAAAAGUCAUAAGAAAACACUGGAUUCUAAACUUAAAGAUCCUUGUUCUGCAGUCUCAGUUAAGAAUGAAUCUCAUAACAGGAAUGCUGCACACCAAAAUCAUUCAUUUGAGCACGCUAGGAAAAAUAAGGUGAAUGAAAAUGAAUGUAUCAUCAAGGAUAAAGCCACCAAAUUUUGCCCCUCGGAGAAACCAGCUGUUGAGUUGGGAAGAAAACCAAGCAGUAAUGAUUUGAACAGCCUGGGAGACUCCUUGGCUACAAUUAGCAAAGUGGAUAUUGAUAUCUUGCCAUCUGAAAAGAGGACAUAUGGAAGCGAGAAGUGUGGCAGUGAGCAUAUUCCAGAGGAUAAUAAAGCAAAGUAUUUAAAUGAUCCAGGGAAUUCUAAACCAACAUAUAGCAGAUCAUUAAGUAAAGAAGAUGGACUACAGCAAAAAACAAAGCAGGCUUUUAAAGCUGAAAACGUUGAGUCUAAGCAGUCUGCUGUUGAUGCUACAGACCAUGUUGAUGCUGCUACAGAUAGUGAUGAUACUUUGAAACUCCUGCAGCCCAUAUCAAAAACCCCAAAGCAAAAUGACCUGGAUGACGUCUGUCAUGGAACUCCAGGAGACUUGAGGGAAAAAAAUGCCUCUCCCUUACAGCCUCAUAGCUCUGUCCACGAACCCUCGCUCUCACGGCAGCGAYGGCAGAAGAAAAGGGAGUUGGCUGAAGUUUGUCCAGAAAAGUUCAGAGCUGGUGCUCCCCGGCCUUUACCUUUUCCAUCCGAUGGGAAUGCAAAGACAACACAGAGCUGUGCAGAGCAUCAUGGUGAAAUCUCUGGAUCUGUGAAUAGCACCAAGAACAGUCAAGUCGCCAUUGCAAAGGAGCGGCCCUUGUCAGCAAGAGAGCGUAGGAGGCUAAAACAGUCUCAGGAAGAGAUGUUUCCUGCUGUGGCUCCAGCAAGACGAGCAUCAAAUAGUGCAGUAGUCGAAGCAAAAUCACAUGUGGAAAAUCAUAUAAAAGUUGCUCAGGCCUCAUCAGAUCCCAGUAUUUCUCAGAAAAAAAGAGGAACCCAUUCCCUGUCUGAUGAUGAGUUAAGCUCCUCCACAAGCUCCACGGAUAAAUCUGAUGGCGAUUCCAAGGAGAAGAAAAGCAGCGUGAAUGAAAUGAAUGAUUUGGUGCAGCUAAUGACGUGGACGCUGAAAAUGGACUCUAAGGAGAAUUCCGAGUGCUGUGUAACCUCACCUUCCGCCUCCGAGUUUAAACUUCACAGAAAAUACAGAGACACUUUGAUUUUGCAUGGAAAAUCACCUGAUGAAUCAGAGGAAUUCAGAUUUGAAGAGUUUCCCUCAGGUCUGCUGUCAGGUCCUGAAAAGAUUAGGAGAGUGGUUGAAAUCCUAAGAUCUGAUGUGGUGCACGGACUGGGAGUGAAACUUCUCGAGCAAGUUUACAGCAUCCUGGAGGAAGAUGAUGAAGGGAAGAGAGAGCUGCAGUUGCGGGAACAUAUGGGAGAGAAGUACACAAGCUACAGCGUGAAGGCGCGUCACUUGAAAUUCCUCGAGGAAAAUGUGAAGUUCUGAGCAGGUUAACACUUUUCCCUUAGAGGGAAGAACACAGUUUUAUAGCUUGUUUAAAAGACUGGACCAGCAUACGAAGCACGUCUGUUCAUUGACCUCCUUUCUUGGAGUAAAGGGAGCAAGCUUGGAAAAAAUGUUACAGAUUUAGUUGAAAUAAGAUUUUCCAUGUUAAAAUGUGAACCUGGCUAUCAUUUCCUCAGAAGAGGAACUGUAUGUUUAGUUAUUAUUCUCUUAAUGAAACUUUAGAAAAGCUUAUUUUAUAGACAUGAGGAUGAAUGGACAAAGUUUCGCAUAGAAAGCAGUGUCAAAAAAUGAUGUUUUGGUUUCAAUUAGUCAUAGCUAAAACAUUUUGGUAAGGUGAUAUCCUAAAUACAGCAACAGAAACGUAUACCAAGGUUCUAGCAUGCUAAGGUAUAAGCUACUGCAUCARCUGUCUGUGACCAGGAAAGAAUUGCAGGUUUUUGCACACCAAAAGUCCCURCAUUGAAAACACUAAAGGAGGUUGCUAAAAAACACUGUGAAAACACUCCAGGACAGUGACUUUGGCUGUAACUGUUGUGCUUUACUGCUGAGACCCUUGCAAAGAGGGGGARAAGCACUUAGAAAGAAGCCUCAAUGGGGUUGAAAUGAAUGUAGCCCUGGUUUCCUACAUCCUGGCUGGAUCACACCCCUUCCCCUUCCAACUACUGAUGCCUUUUAGGGAUGAAAGUGGCCCUGAGCAGGACUAGUCGGUCAGCUAAGUUUGUCUUAGCUUUUCCCUGGCCCUGCACUUUUAUUAGGUGUGGGUAGUAACCCCAUCUAGGUUUUGACAUGUAACAUCUAUAGUGAGA